UCGUGGAUUAACCAAACCAAGCCAAAAAAAAAACGUCAAAAUGAAAUUUGUUAUCGUAUUCGCUGCCCUCAUCGCUGCCUCAGUCGCAGCUCUUCUCCCAGGCGCCACACAAGACGCACAAGCCUACAUCGUCAGCCAACAAGCCGACAUCGACCCAUCAGGAAACUACCAAUAUGCAUCACAAACCAGCAACGGAAUCUCGGCCCAAGCCAAAGGUACAUUGAACCAAGCACGUUCAGUUGACGCCAGCCCAUCAUAUGCCGUACAAGGACAAUACUCAUACACCGGACCAGACGGUCAAGUCUACACCAUUAACUACAUCGCUGAUGAGUUCGGUUACCGUGCGUCAGGUGCUCAUUUGCCAGUUGCCCCACAAGCUUAAUUUAAUGUUCAAUCGUUGUUUUUAUUGAAAACUAAAUGUAAAUAAAAGAAAAUUGUUGAAAUUUAUUUAAAAACAAAAA